AUGUACAACAAAGUAACGCGAGUAUCAGCGGUACAAUUGAGCGCUGCUGAAGUGGCUAAACAUCUACUCAAACUUCCAAAUUGGAAGUAUGAUGGUAAGAAGAUAACAAGAGAGUUUGUAUUGAAAGACUUUGAGACCACUUGGGCUUUUUUAUCUCAGGUUGCAAUGAGGAGUCAUCUCUACGGGCAUCAUCCGACCAUUCAAACUACAUAUAACAAAGUCCGGUUAGAUUUGUCAACUCAUGACAUACAAGGCGUUAGCGAAAUCGACUUAAAGCUUGCAAAAAAAGUUGAAGGGUAUGCAGCAGGAAGAGAGAAAGUGGAAGGUAGGGAAUCUAAUAAAUAG